AUGUUGCAGACUCAGACUCAACACGUCUUUUCCCACCAGCACCAGUACCCGCAAGCUGAGCCUUCGUGGCUGCACCAGCAGCAACAUCACCAGGCCCAGCAUCACCAGCAGCACACGUCACUUGCCGCACAGCAGCAUGCCCAGGCCCAAGCAGCAGCAGCCGCCGCCGCUGCUGCCCAGCAACAACAUUACAAUCGUAUUGCAAUGGCAGGAGCAAAUGGUUCCGCUGCCGGUAGCCAGGCACAGGGCUCCGCCAACAGCGCUGCAGGCUUGAGCGCAGACGCUUCCUCUAUCUCGGGCGGCGCUAGCAUCGAUGGUUCUAUCAGCGAAGAGAGCCGUAAAGUCUUCAUUUGGGUGGCGGAGCUGCUUGAUCCUAACCGCAGGGAGACCGCUUUGAUGGAGCUGAGCAAAAAGCGCGAACAGGUCCCGGAGCUUGCUCUUGUCAUUUGGCACUCUUUUGGUGUCAUGACUGCUUUGCUGCAGGAGAUCAUCUCCGUCUACCCUUUACUGAAUCCAUCGCAGCUGACUGCUGCUGCGUCGAAUCGAGUUUGCAAUGCACUGGCGCUGCUCCAAUGUGUUGCUUCUCACAAUGACACUCGAACUCUUUUUCUCAAUGCACACAUCCCCUUGUUUCUCUACCCAUUCCUCAAUACCACGUCCAAGUCUCGACCAUUUGAAUAUUUGCGUUUGACUUCUCUCGGAGUUAUUGGUGCGCUUGUCAAGAAUGAUUCUUCCGAUGUGAUCAACUUCCUCCUCACAACCGAGAUUAUUCCACUCUGUCUUCGCAUUAUGGAGACUGGCUCGGAACUGAGCAAGACUGUUGCCAUUUUCAUCGUCCAAAAAAUUCUCUUGGAUGACUUGGGCUUGAACUACAUCUGCGCCACAUAUGAGCGUUUCUAUGCCGUUGGUACUGUUCUGAGUAAUAUGGUGACUCAACUUGUUGAGCAACAAACCGUACGGCUCCUGAAACAUGUGGUGCGCUGCUUUUUGAGACUUAGCGACAACAGCCGCGCUCGAGAGGCUUUACGACAAUGUCUCCCAGAGCCACUUCGCGACGCAACCUUUUCAUCGGUGCUUCGUGACGAUGCUGCUACCAAACGCUGCUUGGCGCAGCUGUUGAUCAAUCUCUCAGACAACGUGGAUGCCGGAACUGCUGCUGGAGCAGCUAUGUGA